AUGCUGAAACAAAUUAUUCUUGCUCUUCUUUUCUUAGGUGUUGCUGUCAAUGCUAAAGUCACUCGAGAAGAAAUCGCUACUGUUAAUAAAGAGUUGAGAGCAGCCAUUAGAGUUGACAAUAGAUGCACAACAUCAACGGAUUGUACUGCUGCACCGACUGGAUCUCGAGCAUGUGGUGGUCCCAAUGGUUAUGUUGUAUAUUCAAUUAGAAGUUCUAAUGCAGAGAAUAUUCGAUUAUUAGCGCAAAAAACAGUGCAACUAGAAAAGGAAUAUAACUUGGAAAAUUCAGUCAUGUCUAUUUGUUCGAUGGUUAUGCCACCAACAGUAGUAUGCGAUCAAGCUCAAGAAUGUGCCGCUGGAUCAACAGUCUCACCAUUCAUAUCUGUUCCCUUAAAAUAA